CUACAACCGGCAAACUAAUGUACACAUUAUUUAUGUCAUUUCUCUCUCUCUCUCUCGCUCUCUCUCUCUCUCAAAUGAAAUGCAGAUAUGUUGGUGAUCCUUGAUGUAAUACAACUAUGAUAUAAAAGCACAGGAGUUUUAUUGUUGUACUAGCAAGUGAAAAUAUGCGCUUGCUGGUUAUCCUGAGAAGCAAGAUUUAAUGCCUUAACUUCCUGCUGCCCGUGUAAUGGAAACAGGUCAGAGCAAACGGAAGCGUUCCACGCUGUGUCUUCAAAAGUGAGGGCGAGGCUAUAAACGUGCCACACAACUGCCUAUGUCAUUAGCAUGAGCUCUGAAAUGCUCAGAGGCGCUGUGUUAAGCAGUGCGAUAGUCUGAGACCCUGACACAACCGCUUGGUUUUGAGGACUGAACGAAAAAAGGGAAGAAAGAAAAAAAAUACGGCUUUUUGUAAAUGGUGUCUCCUUUGUUCACAACGACCGUAUAAAUUUCAGGUCUGUGCUAAAAAGAGGAGAGAUACCGUACAACUGAAUGCACAAGUAUGGACGCAAGUAUAAGACUCCUGUGCUGCCUAACAUGGUUCUGCAUUUGCCUGAAGUUUUUGUCAGGAGCGCCAAACUUGUGUCCGCCAGGUCAGAUGAAAAAUUACGGGACUGGCAACUGUGUACCCUGCCCAGACUACGCGUUCCAGUCAACACCCAACAACGGAAUUUCUUGUAAAAACUGUCGAACCUGUGAAGAAGCGUUGGGAAGUGAGUUUAUUUCGAAGUGCACGAGCACGGCGGACGCAGAGUGUCGAUGCCGCGAGGGAUUUGUCGCCAGAGAGAAAGACCAGAGCUCCUGCAAGUGUGACAGGGGUUCUGAGCUGGAUGAGACAGUAAAGAAAUGUCUAAGAUGUCCACACGGAAAAUUCAACAAUAUUGCUGGCAAAAAGUGCGAAGACUGGACCAAUUGCGGGACCCGGGGAGUGAGGAAACCGGGCUCUCACACUUCGGAUGUGGAGUGUCGCGACGACCCGGGGAACAACCGGACAUCCAACCCCCAGGAUCCUUCUUCCGUCUCGGGCCUCGACAACAAGAAGCACGUCACCUUGUCUGCAGCCGUGGCCAUGACGUCUCCCCAAACCACCGCCUCCGCCUCCCCUUCCGUCACUCCACCCACCACCGCCUCUACCUCCGCAUCUGUUUCUCUGAGCGCAGACACACCUCCAGUCUCGAAGCCUGGUUUCCCUGGUUACGCCAUUGCUGUGCCACCAAUUCUCCUUCUCAUCCUUCUGUCUCCUGUCAUCUGCAAGCACCUAAUCGUUCCUUUCAUCCAGAACUACAAGAAGAAGGCAGACACUCCCUGUCGCAGACCCGUGGAAGAGAGCGGAGACAGCAGCUGCUCCUCGCUAGUCAAGUCAUGCCAGGGUCAGCCGUGACAUCGUACACGUGUCCUGCUACCCAUUGGGAACACUCAGCAUUUCAGUGAGUGUUUCCUGGCCUCCUUGUGGGUGGCUGUCUUCCCCACAAUUCAUUAAUGGGUAUAGCAGGAACACCUCAGUGCUUAAGGCUAUUCUGUAUUAAAUACGAACCCCAAUAAAGACCCCCAUCAUGGGUAUGGCAAUCGUGUAGAAAAAAAGAAGCUUUUAGGGGGUCUCCACUACUUCACCCAUAUUUUAAUUACAGCAGACCUUCAAGCUGUCUACAGUCUUUGACUGAAAUAUUUAAUGCAACUGUGAUAUUGGUAAUCGGCUGUUUUUGCUUGAUUUACUCUUUUUGUUUUUGUUUUUGUUUUUGUAGUCUUUCUUCUGUGAGUAAGGCUCGACAAGGAUUCUGCAUGUUGUAGAAGUAUUAAUGUUGUAGUGUUUUACCAUUGAGUGGUAACUUCCUCAGGGCCAAGCAGAGACCUUUAGAGGGGCAGGUGCUCAAAGCGGGCAUAAAAAACAAAAACGCCUUGACAAAAGGGCACUUUGGACAGCAAGGGGCAAAGGGGCAGGUGCUUGAGCACCCUCCGCCCCACCCCCCCCUGCACGUGCCUGAACUGCCGGUCAUGCCAACCACCACUCAAAAUAAGUAUUUUCUGGUUCUUGUGUACAUUUUUGCAAAUGCAAAUUGUGAUUGUGAUUGUGCAGAUUAUUGUGAUCACCCACAAUAUGUAAUCACACAGGUUUUGCGGUGCAAAAUACAACUUUUUAUCAGAAUUUUCAUCAUAUGAAACAAGUUGUGUAGGAAUAUAUUGCAUUUUGGAUGCAUGUACUGUUAUUAUGUUCAUUUGCUGACUAGAAAAGCCUCACUUUUUGGGCUUAUAACCCACAGUAGAUACGCUGAUGUGAAAUAAGUCUGUCUAACUUGGUCCAGGCGAUGUCACUUGCCAAUAAAAAAGUUGUCAGUUACAACACUUCUCCAUAGUGUUGUAUAGAUGGGGCUCCAAAAGGAGGCAGUGAUUCAAAUGAAAUUCAUCUAAGUCUGUGUAGAUCCAAAGUUUUAACAUUUAAUCAAAAUAAAUAAAUAGUUUUCUAGCAAGGCAAUCAGGAAG